AUGUCGUCCACCAUCCCCAUCGCCACCACCAUUACCACGGGCACCGCUGCCGCUUCGUCGCACACCGCUGCCAACGGCUCGUCCACAUCGGUGUACGGCACAACACCGGGCGGAACCCCGCGCAUCUCGUACUCGCGCGAUCAGCUACUCAACCUCGCUAGCAGCCCGCUCUCGCGCUCGCCGCCUAACUUUGACUUGCCCGCCGCCAUCUCGCGCACACCCAAGCUUGAGGGCAACAAGUUCGAGGUGCCUGCAAACGCCAAUGUGAUCGAAGAGGCCGACGAAGAGAGAGAGGACGACGACGAGGCCACCGCAUUCGCUAUGGAUCUCUAG